AUGCUAGGGUGGGCAAUCGCAAUCAUAGCACUUGCUGCUUCUAUGAUCACAUCUCCUAUUUGGAUCCCGAUAGCUGUUUUUUUCUCUUUAAUUCUAGCAUUUUGGCUAGCUGUGAUCUACGCUGGCUUACGAUUAUUUGGAUAUUGGGAAAUAGUCUAUCAGAAAGGCGAUGAUCUAUAUGAAUGACUGAUCUUUAAAAGUGAUAAGCCCAGAAAAAUUAUUUGGAAAUCAUUUUACAACUUAUUAUGCAGGUUUACAUUCAAAAGAAACUGAAAAGUAAUGAACUAUGGGUAUGCAGAACACUCUGAAAAAGGCCACAUAAUUGACUUGGAUCCUGAAGAAGAAACAGAAAGAUACCAGUAUCAGAUGUAUCAUUAUAUUGCAUCAGGUCUUAAAAAAUUCCAAAGUCUCUCAGGAAAGCAUAUUUUAGAAGUUGGAAGUGGCCGAGGAGGUGGGUUAGCUUAUAUAACCAAAGUUUUGUCACCAAUAUCUGCUGUCGGCAUUGAUUACUCACAAACUCAAAUAGAUUGGUGCAACAAAACCUAUAAUAUCCCAAACCUCAAAUUUGCAUAUGGAGAUGCUGAGCAUUUGCCGGUCCACGACAGCUGUGUUGAUAUAGUCAUAAACAUUGAAAGCAGCCACUGCUAUGGGAAUCUAAAAGCUUUUGUAGAAGAAGUCAAAAGAGUCCUCAAGCCAGGCGGGCAUUUUUUGAUUGCUGAUUUUAUAGAUAGACAAGAGCUUGCAUUAAGAGAAGACACAUUAAAUUCGUGUGGCCUUCAGCUAAUUGAAAGAAAAGAUAUCACAGAAAAUGUCAUCUUGGCAUUAAAUUUAGACGAAAAACGUAAAAUAAACUCAAUAAACAGCGCCCCAAAAAUAUUCAGAAAAAUUCUCAGAGAAUUCGCUGGAACUGAAAAUUCCCGCAUGUCUAAAAGCUUCAAUGCAGGGAAUACAGGCUAUAUAGCUUAUCAUUUUAUGAAGCCAAAGUCUUCAGAAGAGCUUACUUUUUCAUAA